UGACACGGCGGUCGGGGGCGUGCUGCCUGUAGUCUGAGGCGGCUGCGUGUUGACUUCCUCAUAGUGGUCAGUGUGGCGGGCGACCGCAGUCUGUGUCCGCGGGGAGCUUUCUAGGAGUCCGGCUUCCUCCGGGGUCACUGGCAGAGCAGGCGAAUUUUCGGCACGCUGUCAUAAUGUUCUCCGUUCUUCUAAAGAGGUGAUAAGCAUCAUUGAAAAUGGCUGACAAGAGCGGGAGGCCCACGCCUGGGCCAGUGUACAUUGAGGUAGAAUACGAUUAUGAAUAUGAAUACAAGAGCAAAAGAAUUGUUAUAAAGCAGGGUGAGCGGUAUAUUUUAAUGAAAAAAUCCAAUGAAGACUGGUGGCAGGUGAGAAUGGAUGAAAACGCGAGACCCUUGUAUGUACCAGCUCAGUAUGUGAAGGAAGUGGGCAGGAAGGCGUUAAUGCCGCCCGUCAAACCGGGCAUCCUGCCCAACAGUCCUCUGAAAGUCACACAAGGAUUACAGAGAUCGAUGGAGAAUAUCAAUAAAUCCCCAGAACUCACCAGUUUUGGGAAAACCCCCUCAAUUCGAGAUGCCAACCAGAACUUUGGGCCUGGCAGUAGCCCAGGCCAGACGAGAGGACUGACUUUAGACCUUGUACAUAACAAUGGCAAGUUAUGUACUGACUUGCAUUCGCCAAAGGCCACCAGCAGGAGUCCUUCUGCCUUGCACUUUCCUGGUCCAGAAAUGAUGGAAAUCGAAAAGACCAGCUUCACAAAUGAUCACUCGGAUUCGGCUGGGGAAAACUCGGAAAAACUUCUUGCAGAUUCAGAAUCUGGAGAUGAGCUGAGUAGCAGCUCGACGGAACAACUUCAGUUUUCUGUUUCUCCUGCUCCUGUGAGAUCUGACUCUCCUGUAUAUGCAAACCUACAAGAACUGAAGAUUUCUCAGUCCAAUCUACCCCCACAGCCCAACACUGCCCCUGUCCAAAUUACAGGGGAGUGGGAAACGCACAAAGAUAGCACUGGACGGUUCUAUUAUUUUAAUAAAGCUACACAAGAACGAACCUGGAAACCGCCACGCGGCAGCACAAAAGAGCCAAGUAGGGGAGAGUCAGUGAUUCAAACCGAUCAUGAGCAACUUUCAUCUGAAGAAAAUUUUCACAACACACAUGAAAACCAAUCAGAUAUUCAAUACGGUUCUCCUCCCAAGGGCUGGUCAGAAGAAUUGGAUCCGCAUGGCCAUACCUUCUUUAUUAAUGACCAAACCAAUGAGAAGUGGAUAAAACACGUGGAUGAGCAAGGGAGGCCAUAUUACUACAGUGCAGAUGGGUCACGCUCUGAGUGGGAGCUGCCAAAGUGCAACACCUUGGCACCACCUCAUCCGAGAGAAAUCACUAAAAGUCGGAGUCUUGAUAGAAAGUUCCAGGAUCCGAUCGUUUUAACAAAGUGGCGACACAGCACAUAUCUACUGGAGGCCAAUGAUAAGUUACUUAUCAAGCAAAAGCGUAAUUCCACAGAGUGUUAUAUGCCUAUCCCUGGUUUUUUGACUCUCACAGAAAAAGAAACAACGCCAUCCAAACAUUUCCCAGAGGUUGAGACCUCCCCAUCUUCUCCAAAGCACCAGUCCUCGGAUCAAGAAAAGUAUGGAGUGUUAAACGUGACUAAAAUCACAGAGAACGGGAAGAAAAUUAGGAAGAACUGGACAUCAUCAUGGGCUGUACUGCAAGGCUCCUCCAUAUUGUUUCAAGGCACUGGAGCUAGCUGGAAAUUUGGAGGCAACCAGUCUAAACCAGAAUUUACGGUUGAUCUUAAAGGAGCCUCAGUGGACUGGGCGACAAGGGAUAAAUCUAGCAAAAAGAAUGUCAUAGAGGUUAAAACCAACUCCGGAACAGAGAUACUGAUACAAUCUGAUAAUGACAAUAUGAUCAAAGAAUGGUACACAGCACUUUGUAACACUAUUGGUGUUACGAUUACAGAGUCGGAGGAAACCAGUGAUGAUAAUGUGCCCGAUUCUCCAGUGGAGAAACAAGGGAAAGACAAGCAUGACAAAGAAAAGGAUCACGAGAAAGAUUCCAAAAAGAAUCGAUCUAUUAAACAAACGACCAGUAUUGAUAACACUGAACAGAAAAAGACCAAAACGAAGUUAAAGAAGUUUCUUAUCCGGCGGCCAACGUUACAAGCUGUCCGUGAAAAGGGCUACAUCAAAGACCAAGUUUUUGGCUCCAGCCUUGCUGGUCUUUGUCAGAGAGAAAACACUACUGUGCCAAACUUUGUUAAGAUGUGCAUUGACCAUAUUGAAGAACAUGGACUGGAUGUAGAUGGAUUAUACAGAGUCAGCGGGAACCUUGCUGUGAUACAAAAGCUCCGCUUUGCAGUCACACAUGAUGAGAAACUGGACUUGAAUGACAGUAAAUGGGAAGAUAUCCAUGUCAUUACGGGUGCAUUGAAGAUGUACUUCAGAGAACUGCCCGAGCCCCUUUUUACCUUCAACUACUUCAAUGACUUUGUGAAUGCCAUCAAACAAGAACCUAAACUUCGUGUUCCAGCUGUCAGAGAUUUAAUUAAGCAGUUGCCAAAGCCCAACCAAGACACAAUGCAGGCGCUCUUCAAGCAUCUUAAACACGUUGUGGAAAUUGGAGAUAAAAACAGAAUGAAUUUUCAAAGUUUAGCAAUAGUAUUCGGUCCAACUUUGUUAAAGCCGGAAAACGAAACUGGUAAUAUAGCCAUCCACACGGUAUACCAGAGUCAAAUAGUAGAGCUGAUUCUAAUGGAAUAUAACUCGAUCUUUGGCCGCUGAGCCAUCAUCUCUGACAGCCACUGAACGACCAUCUCAGCCAGAAGGACACAACCACCUUUUUGCGUUUUUUUUAUUUUUUGUCUAUCUUGGACCAAAACUACCUUUUUGGGUUUCUUUUUGCACUUCUGUGAAGAUGAUUGGAAAGCGCUGGUGUUGAAAUGUUUUGGCCUACAUAUCUCUUCUCAAUUCUCCAUUGACUGUUUUAUGAUCUUUUGGGGGUUUUACAUUCGCAUCCUUUUUUUUUUUUUCUUAACAGAACUGCAAGUCUAACAAAGACACUGGAUUUACUGGAGAUUAAAACUACUAAUAUGCCAUAGAUAUGAACCUUUAACCACUGUCACUUGUCCUGAAGUGUUUGAAGCUGAUCUUUGUACUUGCUGUUGAACCAUUUGAAGUUCAGUUUAUUUUUUCUAGUGAAAAUGCAUCUGGUAUGUGUUGUUGGGAGCAGACAGUGGCUUCUUGUGCAGAUAUACAGCAAAAUGGUCAAAAGAACAUCUGACAAAUGCCUGGUUCUGCACAGAGAAUUGUGACAGCAUUGUGUUCUAUUCCUUCUCAUGCUCUCCCUGCUGGAAAAAUUGAGCUUCUGUUUUCUCGACCUUGCAGAGCUGUACACUGGUGUUCAAUAUUAUUUAAGCCACCAAAUCAUAUUCUGGACUUUUUUUUUUUUAUCAGUGCAUUCUCUCUGACUGAAUUUGAUUGUGUGUGUAAGUCAUAUAAUCAUAGUAUUCUAUGAAAUUGCUAACUGUGUGCUAACCUGCAGCUAGAAGAUUCCAUUGAGCGCUGAUACUGUAUACUGUGGUCAUGCUAAUUCUGUGGUAUUAAAAUAUUAUUAUACUUAUUAUGUAAAUAGAAGCCAAAGGGCAGCAUAGACUUUGGCGUACUGUAUAUAAAGAAAGCUGUAUAGUCAUAA